AUGGCAAGGCAACUGCAAAUCAUACAUUCUUCACAAGGCACAACCCAGGUUGGCAUGGCUGGUGUGAGCCUUCUCCUCUGUGCUUUUGCAUUGUUCAUGUGUGCUUCCCAUGCCCGAAAAUGGCGCCGCCGUUGGAAUGCUUGCUUGGAUUAUGGAUACGAGUUUGAGGAUCCUGUCAUAGAGUUGAACCAAGAAGCAACGGUUGUGACAACGGGACAAGUGAAUGCCACCGAGCCAGAGAAUGACAACAAUGAGAUGUUCUUCAGUAGAGAGCAACAAGCUUCUAUAUGGCACAAGAACAUUCUCAUGGGUGGGAAAUGCCAGCUACCGGACUUCUCAGGAGUCAUAUUAUACGACCCCAAUGGAAAUGUUGUAACCCCUGCCAAAACUCCACGUCCUUUACUCACCUGGAAGUGAAGAGGCCUAUUCAAAAUCACAAGGCGAAAAGCCAAGGAUAAAAUAUGCAGCUCGAAAUUUAUCUUUUUCAUUUGUUUUCCUGUCAUCUCCAAGAGCUUAUCACUGUAUGCAGAUUUGUAUCUUUCAAACCCCUGGAUUGUAUGCAGUCUUGAAAUGAAAAUGAUAAUUGUAUCACCAAAACACAAAAACUGUUCAUUUGA